AUGCACGAAACGUGCAUUUCAACUCUAAUCCUCACGACUAUUCUUUAUGCUUGCGAUAUUGUUCAUGGCACGCAUUUUCGUGGUUCGAUGCUCUCUUGGCGGGUAUUGAACGAAUCAGCAGCAUCUGUUACUCUAGAAAUUCUUCAACGUCAUGCUUGGCGAUAUGACUAUUACAGUCCACUUUGCACGAGUGCAACGAUUCCAAACGGACAACCGAUUUUAGGAACUUCAGCUUACAGCAUCAAUUGCAUUAGUACUUGUCCAACUGGUUUGACAACGCUGGGAAGUGUAAACGUUCCUUGUACAGGUUAUAAUAUUGCUGAACAGUAUGCAAUGGGUGAAGGUCGCUUUAAAAAAUCCGUUCCAAAGAAUGCGAGUUUUGUCGCAUCAUUUACUAACACAAACUGGUUUAAUCUUGUAACGGGAAAUAGUCUAGCAUGGAGUGUUGCCGUCCGAGUUCAAACUUUUAAGCGUCUUGAUACUGGCUAUUACAAUAAUGCACCCGUGAUUACCAUGUUACCGAUCUAUCGAUUAAGAAAUCACAUCAGUUAUUCCAUCAAAAUCAAUGUAGCUGACAACGAUUUCGAUCCAUACAUAUGCCUAUGGUCACAAGGCUAUAAUCAAUGUGGCGAUCUUAACAACAGUGUUCCAAAUGGAGUGAUUGAUAAUUAUGCAUGCUAUUUAAAUUUUACACCACAAAUAGCAGGUUUCUAUGCAGCGGCUGUGACAGUUGAAGAUUUUAUUGUGACACCAGUGAACAUCUCUUCCACUGCGUAUCUUUCUCAAGUACCCAUUCAAUUCGUCUUCCAUGUUUAUGAUUCAUCACAGCCGUGUGUCACUGGGCCUAUCUAUAUCGGCGAUCUCGUGCCAGACAUGUGCAUUUACAUAUCGAUAGGAGUUACUCAAAUGACACGAGUGCGUUUUAAAGUUCAAUGUGCAAAUGCCACAGUAGCCAGCUAUAUCAGUGUGAAUCCAACUGGCUUAUUAACGACGCCCAUCCAGCAAGAUCCAUUCGAUCCGACAAUAUUUGCAUUCUUGGCUAAUUUCACAUCUAGUGCUGAUCAAAUAGGUCAAAAUCUUUUCUGCUUCGGUGCUAUCGAUUCAAUUGGUAACCAAGGUGCUUCUACUUGUUUACGUUUUACUGUUUUAUCAGCAACAUCGAGUCUUCAAUCGAUGUACAAGCAGAACGCUACUCGAUAUCCUAUGGGAACCGUGCCGAAAACGACAUCUGUUUGGACGCUUCUUACCGAUGGACACAGUUAUGAACGGCCAACAACGGAAAGUUACAUUCGAUUUAAACGUGCAUCGGAUAACACUGAUUUUUAUGUGUUAAACGUUGUUACAGCGACUGACAAUGUUUUUUAUCUACCUAGUCGUCUGGUGAUUAAUUCUACGGUUGUAUGGACGCCAGGUGAACGGUUUUAUAUUUAUUUCGAUCCAGGCGUAUUUGUAGAAGCGAGCACUUGUUUAAAAGAAUCUAUGCCUAUCAAUGAUCCAAACUUUUGGCCAUUUCAAAUUCCAUACGAAGCAACAUCCACAACCACAACUUCAACGUCAACAACAUCGGCCACGUCGACCACCACUACUCGAACGGUUCCCACACAACGCACACUUGCACCAACGACUACAACAACCUCAGCUACUACUUCUACUACAACCACACUCACCACGACCGAAUCAGUAACCACUCCACUCAAGACCAUUCAACAACCAGUUCGAUUCCUAACAAGUGCUAUUGUUGGGAUAAUCCUAGCAAGUUUUACCAUGUGUUUCUGCCUAACGUGGAUGAUCCACUCAUUUCUUCGUAUUGCUUUGAUUCGUUUUCUUCUUCUCCAUUGGGGUCUUCAUGAACAAUUGCUUAGUAUUCGUUCGCUACCAUUGUCAGAGACGCCAACAUUCGAUCUGGGCUUUGAUCAGUUAAAUCCCAAUAGUAUGCCAUCGAAACCGCAAUACAAGUUCAAAACGCGCCGUCACCAACAAGGAAAUGCACGAAACUAUUCAAUUUUUAUGAAUGAAACUACCACGCAAGAUAAUUUAGUUCAAAUCACGGUCUAG